UGGCACGAGCAUACCUUCGAGCUCGAAAUCUCUCACACUUGCGAUUUGAGGAAACGCGGAAGAGUGCGACAAGUUGCUUUCGAUCAACUAACUGAUCGAGCCAGUUUUAAUGUCUCAUUGUAGUUGGAUCCGCCGGUCUUCGGCUAGGUGAAGAUAACCGAGGCGAGACUGACAUCAGUCUGCCAGAACUGCACUACUUUGAAAACUUUGAUGUGAGGAUGUACUUCACUGAUCGAGAGGAUGCUAUGGCUCUGCACGAACUGGACAGUGGAGAUGAGCAUUUACUCUCAGCACAGUAUAACUCGUACGUUACUCGAUCUUAUGACUAUGUCCUGGUGGCUGAUAAGGUUGAGGACAAUGAGGCCCAAAAUUUCAAGAAGCAGGAGGCGUUUAUUAACGAACUGAAACAGAAGAACAUGAAAGUUUCUAGCAUUGAACAUGUUGGAAAGAUAUUCUUCGGUGUCUGUGCCCCUGAGGAAAUGUUUGCAAAGUACAAAUUUUUGCUAAAGGUUUCUGAUGGCUGCAACUGGAGUGAGGAGCUAAAUUCUUGUCAAGAUAAAAAUGUCCCAUUCUCCACCAGAAUCAGGAUUGUCCACUUUGUCUUACACAAUACAUUUAUAGGAUCAGGAGAGGGUCUUGAAGAUUUGCUAAAGAAAGGUGUUUUUGAGUCCAUUUUCUGUCUGCAUGAGAAAAACGAGCAGAAGAAACUAAAGAAGAAGUGGGCAAGCUGGUUUUCAGUAUUGUUGCUUUUUAAACAGCCAGUCAGUGAUGUCAAGGACUAUUUUGGGGAGAAAGUGGCACUUUAUUACCUGUGGCUGGGCUGGUACACACGCAUGCUCAUCCCUGCAGCUGUUAUUGGUGUUGUUGUGUUUUUGUAUGGUGUUGCCUUCUUCAAUACCAGUCCGCUCAUUAAAGAAGUCUGUGACUCCAACAUCCUCAUGUGCCCAAGAUGUGACAAGAAAUGUUCUGUGUGGAACCUGUCUGACACCUGUACAUACGCCAAGGUGAGCCAGCUAUUUGACAAUGAAGGGACAGUGGCAUUUGCCAUGUUCAUGGCGAUUUGGGCCACACUGUUCUUGGAGCUGUGGAAGAGGCAUCGAGCUUUUUAUGUGUCAAAGUGGAACAUGUUUGAUUGGUGUGAAGAGGAGGAAGAAUUGAUUUUGGAGAUUGUGAAUAAUCCCCAGUGUAAAACAAAAGAGUACAGACACUCCUAUAUGCGCAGCAUACUGGAGCUUCUUUUGGUCACACUAGUGUUGGUAGUGAUCAUUGGUCUGGCCAAUGCUCUGGUGAUCUGCCGUGUUUUAGCUGCAAUUGUGUUUUCUGACAGCGACUGGCAUUUUCUGAGUAAUUAUGCCUCCACAAUAGCCAUGCUAUUUGGUGCAGUGCUGCACUACAUCACUAUUCAGGUUAUGACUCGGGUCAACAGAAUUGUGGCCUUAAAACUGUGUGACUUUGAGAAGACCCGCUCUUUUGCAGCCACAGAAAAGAGCUUCACCGUGAAGAUGUUUACAUUUCAAUUCUUUACUCUAUUUUCCUCACUGUUUUAUGUGGCGUUCUUUCUUGGAAGGAUCAAUGGCUAUCCAGGAAAAUACGUUCGAAUAGCAGGUUAUUGGAGACUAGAAGAGUGUCAUCCAAGCGGCUGUCUCACAGAUCUCUUCAUCCAGAUGGCUGUUAUUUUGGUGCUCAAACAAACAAUCAACAACAUCAUUGAGUUCACAGUGCCCUGGUUAAAGCUGUGUUUGAAGCGGACGAAAGCCAAGACGAUGCGCAGAAAGUGCGGUAACUGUUUCAGAAAAGCAUGUCGAGAGGAGGGGGGUAACUUCCACCCAUGUGACCUCUGCAAGCUUCAUAAGUGGCUAGACAACUAUUACCUGAGUGAUGUCAAUGCUUUCAGCUUGUUUAAUGAGUUUUUGGAAAUGGUAAUUCAGUUCAGUUUCACCACCAUCUUUGUUGCUGCAUUCCCUUUGGCUCCUCUUUUGGCUUUCAUCAAUAACAUAUUUGAGAUCAGACUGGAUGCCAUCAAGAUGGUUAGCCUUGAGCGCCGCCUAGUGUCCAAAAAGACCAAUGACAUUGGUGUGUGGACUAAAAUAUUAGAAGCUGUUGGGGUGAUGGCUGUCAUUGCUAAUGGACUGGUGAUUGGUGUUUCUUCUGACUUCAUACCCCGUCUGGUGUAUCGUUACUAUUAUGGACCUUGUUCUAAUGGCACUAGUACAGACCUGGACUGUAUGACAGGGUAUAUCAAUGACACUCUGGCAACAGCAUACAUGUGGAAUACAAAUGUGCGAGAUGACUUCAAGGAUAAUAUUGCAGAGUAUGGAUUGAAUUUUUCUCAGUGCAGUUACAAAGACUACCGUAGUAACGAGGACCAGGCUCUCACCUCACAGUUUUGGCUCAUUCUGGCAGUCCGCUUUGCCUUUGUUAUUCUAUUUGAGCAUGUGGUGGUGCUGUGCAAGUUUGUUGCUGCCUGGUUUAUUCCAGACAAUCCCAUCAGAGUGAAGAAUGUCAGGCUAGAGGACAAACUGAGACGACUUAAGAAGGAGCUUCAGGAAAUGAGUGUAAGGUAUGACAGCAAAUCCACUGAGGUGUGAACGAUGGAGAUCCAAACCAGAUUCUGAUCAUAAAACUUGUUGCUGUCACAAGGAUGUAAAUAAAGAUUUUUAUAUUUGACCAAGGUCAUUAUCUCACUGGCAUUGAUACAAGACUGCUUUCUCAGUGGGGGACAUAUCUCGAAGCACUUCCAGUGCCAUCAUUUCAUCUCUUUACAGUUUACAGUUUUCCCUUAAAACAAGUCUUAUUUGAUCUACUCAAAUGGCUGCACAGUACAUUGUUGAUUGUGUCAUCACCGAAUUGUAUUUAACAUGUUAUAUACAUUUUGAGCUAAAAAAGUCAAUUGGACUGUUUAAAAAUAAAACUGUGAAAAUAUAGAAUCAGGAAGCUGAUUCUUGUUGUUUAUUUACACCUGUCUGUGAGGGAAAUUCCCAUAAGCCUAAAAAGAAUCCAUUCAUUUUGUUGAUAAAAUAUUUGAGUAUUUUUUUUAAUUUUGUUUGGAAAGAGAUUUUAAGAAAAUACAUUUGGGAAUUUACUUUUACUUUUAAACAAUUAAGCUUCCGAAAAGGUUUCCAUUCUCAAUUAAAAAGCAUGCUUCAUGAGGAUUUCUUCAAAUCUGAGGACAUGAUUUUCAGGGAAAGUAUUUGUGAAAAAUAAGGAAAAUUAUUCCAAUGUGUAUUUUGCUGUUUAAAAUACUGUUCAUAGCUUCUUUCAGUAACUCACUUUUUCAGUGUUUCUCCUCUGCUGUUUAAUGUAUUUUUGAUAUUGCCAUAUUGAUGUAACAUGUUGUAAGUUGUGUUCCAGGAAUGGUAAAGUGAUGAAGUAAAUGUUCAAGACCAAGUUGUAAAUAAAACAGUCAAAUCUCCUUUUCUCCAUAAGGUGUCAGCAGAAACCAAUUUCAAAGAAUGAAUAGUUCUUUUCUACUAAGGAAUUCCAUGGUUGCCUUUGGACAAUGUUUAGUGCAUUUUCAUGCAAGUUUCAAGUUCAGAAACUAAUUUGUUUUUAUACAGCAUGUGAAGAAAUUCAUUUAUUUUCUAAUUGUUUUGAUUUUCAUAUCAUGACUCCAAACUAAACACUCAAUCAGGGGCUAAUCUUCUGAAGCCAAUUGUAGUCCAUACAUUGUUUUAUUAUUAUAUGUACAUUUUUAAUGUAUCUUGUAAUAAUAGCCCUAGAAGUGUCAAGCUUCUAAACUUCUAAGCAAGUGUUAAACUUUGAGGUGACAUCUGUGAAUCACGUUACUAUGCAUGCAUGCACAAUUUUGAGAUGAAAAUGCAGCAGUCACUAGUUUAGAAAUGCAGUACUAUGCCAACUCUAUAUGAUUUCUUCCUCUUUAAAUGUUGCUCGGUCAUACAUGGGGAACCGAGCAAUUUCAUUUGUGCAUUUUUCAGUGGGUGUGUGGGGCUUUUCCAUUCGGCCACAUAUGUACAUGGCUCAUACCGCACAAACAUUUCAGUUACGUAUGUAUCCUCUGUUCCCUGAGAUGACGGGAACGAGACAUUGUGUGCUAACACUUAUAUUGGCUAUGGUGUUUGAGCCCUGCCCUUUUAUAUAGCUGUCUGCAAUAAAAGAAGCUGCCCAAACACCAUUCCUCAGAAAGAAGCGCAUUGCUCACACAUUAGAAGAACUCGUCUUGUAGAGUGGCCAGUGUUCGCAAUGUCUCGUUCCCUUUGUCUCAGGGAACCAAGCCGGCCGAGGCCGAUUUAAUCGUCUUGCUCCUCAAAGGAACUUUAUGAUUAAAUCAUUGUGGCAGGGCGGAGGGCGGGGCCAGGUCGUGAUCAUACACACCCAGUCCCUUAUCAGGCAAAUUAAGCCUCAGAGAGGGAUAAAGGUUGACUGCGGAGGAUUGUGCUGGAGAGAG